AUGACACCUUUACAUGGGAAGGAUGUCGGGAGCAGUCGUCUACACCCUCAGAAACAACCUAUUCCACAGGAGACUGACGACUAUUGGUGCAGUAAGGUGAAGACAGCUCACCUUUCCCCGCAGAAACAACCUAUUCCACAGGAGACUGACGACUAUUGGUGCAGUAAGGUGAAGACAGCUCACCUUUCCCCGCAGAAACAACCUAUUCCACAGGAGACUGACGACUAUUGGUGCAGUAAGGUGAAGACAGCUCACCUUCCCCCGCAGAAACAACCUAUUCCACAGGAGACUGACGACUAUUGGUGCAGUAAGAAACAACCUAUUCCACAGGAGACUGACGACUAUUGGUGCAGUAAGGUGAAGACAGCUCACCUUCCCCCGCAGAAACAACCUAUUCCACAGGAGACUGACGACUAUUGGUGCAGUAAGGUGAAGACAGCUCACCUUCCCCCGCAGAAACAACCUAUUCCACAGGAGACUGACGACUAUUGGUGCAGUAAGGUGAAGACAGCAGAAACAACCUAUUCACAGGAGCCGACAAAACAACCUAUUCCACAGGAGACUGACGACUAUUGGUGCAGUAAGGUGAAGACAGCUCACCUUUCCCCGCAGAAACAACCUAUUCCACAGGAGACUGACGACUAUUGGUGCCCUAUUCCACAGGAGACUGACGACUAUUGGGUGACGACUAUUCCACAGGAGACUGACGACUAUUGGUGCAGUAAGGUGAAGACAGCUCACCUUUCCCCCCAGAAACAACCUAUUCCACAGGAGACUGACGACUAUUGGUGCCCUAUUCCACAGGAGACUGACGACUAUUGGUGCCCUAUUCCACAGGAGACUGACGACUGUUGGUGCAGUGAGGUGAAGACAGCUCACCAUCCUCCUCAGAAACGACCUAUUCCACAGGAAACUGAAUGGGAGUCGUGCAGUGAGGAGGAAGACGACCAUCUUCCCGCUCAUAAACGACGUAAUCGUCGGCAAGAAAGUAACGAGUCGUCCAAUGAGGAGGACGACCAUCUUCCCACUCCUAAACGACUUAAGUCAUGGAUGGAGGAGGACGACCAUCUUCCCCCUCCUAAACGACCUAACUCGUGGAUGGAGGAGGACGACCAUCUUCCCCCUCCUAAACGACCUAACUCGUGGAUGGAGGAAGAUGACCAUCUUCCCGCUCAUAAACGACGUAAUCGUCGGCAAGAAAGUAACGAGUCGUCCAAUGAGGAGGACGACCAUCUUCCCACUCCUAAACGACUUAAGUCAUGGAUGGAGGAGGACGACCAUCUUCCCCCUCCUAAACGACCUAACUCGUGGAUGGAGGAGGACGACCAUCUCCCCCCGCAUAAACGACGUCAUCGUCGACAAGAAAGUGACGAUGAGUUGUCCAGUGAAGAGGACGACCAUCUUCCCCCUCAUAAACGACGACACCGUCGACACCGUUGA